AUGGAGGAGAUCUCCACCAACGAGAGGGCACGGCUUGACGGGCGUCCGGAGCUCCCCGCUGCUGUGCUCACCAUCGGGCACGGGCCAUGCGGCGGCGCUCCUCCUGAUCGCGGCUCCAGCGGCGACUCCACCACCAAGGGCAAGGGGCCUGCUGCCUCCCCGACCAGCGACAAGGGUCAGGGCUCGCGCGGGCGUGGCCGCGGACGUGGCCGUGGCCGCGGCGGCCCCUCCCCAGGAAACGCUCCUGCUGGGCACGGCACCGCUCCUUCCGGCCCUGGCUCGCCUGCUGCGACGGGCUUCUUCGCUCCUUACGGCGCCCUCCUUCCCGGACUUCCUGCACCGCGGGCUCCUUGGGCCGCGCCGAACGUCGCGGGCGUGCUAGGCCCGCGUCCUCCUACACCUCAUCAGGCCUACCCCGUGCCGUCAUCAUCGUCCAGCGGGCCUACCUGGGAGCAGUACAACCAACUAUACGCUGCUCUCCAGGGCCUCUCCAUGCAGCAGCAGCACGCCGGCGGCACGCCGGACUGGUUCCUCGACACGGGCGCUACGUCGCACGUCUCUGGACCUAGCCACGGGGAAGCUAAUCAUGAGGUCCAAUAG